AUGAAUGGCCCACUUCCAUCCACAACAGAGACAAGAACAACUCAAUACCCUCUCGAUCGUCUCAUGGAAUUCUGCACAAGAUGUCCAAGCAAAAGAGAUUUUCUCGAUAACAAAAUGCUAUCGAGAACAUUUGCCAAACUCAAGGUAGACGAGAUGGUUGCAAAUUAUCAAAUCCUCCGUUUUGCACUCCUUGACCCAGAUCUGAAUCCAAUUGCAAUUUUGAUGACAAACUUAAAAGAAUGGUUGAUUGACAUCCUGGUUCGUCACAAUAUGGAGUUUUCCUUUUGCGUAGAUCGUUCAAUUACGAUAAUACUAAAUAAAUGCCACCAAUAUUGUGCCAAGCCAUCUUCAAACCUCGGUAACUAUUAA